AUGGCGCGGUUACCUGGGAUCGGGCGGUGGCGAGGGGAGUCCGCUCUCCCGCCGCUGCUGGUCCGCGGACGCGCCGGGCCCGUCGCUUUCCCCGGCGGCCCGGAAAGCUCCUCGGCCCCCGCCCCGAGGCGUCCCGGCCAGGCCGCCCCUCCUCAGUGCCGCGCCGCUGCCCGCGCGGGCCGGACCGCCUCGAGCUCCCGGGCCGCCCCGCGGCGGGGGGCCUCUCUCGCUGGGCGCCUGGCUCCCCUCACCCGCUCCCACCCCCUGGGCGGCCGCGGAGCCGAGGGGAGGGCGGGAAGGGCCUCCCGAGGAGAGCAGGAGGGCGCGAACGCAGGCUCCGCCACCCGAGCCGCUCCGUUACCGCAGCAGCGACGACGACCAGGGCCGUGUUGUUGCUGCCAACUUGUCGAGAACACACUGAGCAUGCGCGCGCGGGGACCACAUCCGGGUAAUUUCAGGGUUUGGCCCUUUUUCCCCGCAGCUUUCCUUUCUCCCGGCUGUCGCCGCCUCCCGCCCCAAGUGACGGCGAGAGUCGCUCUGCGCAGGCGCCUGCAGGGGCAGCGCCAGCCGAGGGGCGGCUCUGAAUCCCGGCCUGGGCCUGGGCCUGGGCCUCCGCGCGGGCAGAGGCGAAGGCCUGCUUGAGGGAGUGGUCGCCGGGAAAAUUGGCAUCUCUUGGCAAAAAAGUUCCCAAGGAGCGCGGGAGAGCUCGGCGUAGAGUGGGCGUCCAGUCACUUGUCCCUGUGAUGAAGUUCACAGCAGAGCUGGAAUUUGAACUCUCUGCCCACAAUGUGUGGCAUGGUGCCACCCUGCAACCCAGAUAGCUCUACCCUGAAGCCAGGGCUGGGAGGGCCUCCUGAUCAGAUGCUCAGAGCAGCGUUUCUCCUACUUUAACAUGCACACAGAUCACUUGGGGAGCAUGUUAAAAAGUCCAUCCUGAUUCCUUGGAUCUGAGGGUGGGCUGGAGACUCUCCAUUUUUAAUAAGCUCUCAAGUGAGGCCAAUACUGCUGGUUCCAGAGGCAGAGUCCUAGACUCCAGGGUCUAGACCUAUGUAGGGCCUAAAAUCCAAAAUGUAUUGGGAAGGGGAAUAAUGGAACACUAAAUUAUUUAGGAGACAGUUCACAGUCAUGAUUCUACCCACCUAAAAUGCUUUUUGAUAAAAGUUGAAUUUUCAGACAUCAUUUCCAUUGAAUAAACAUGUGGAGUGACCCUACUGGGUGCCAUAUCUUAGAA